UGUUUGUUGAGGUACUUUUGCUGUGGCUAGUAUGAUGGUUGGGAAUUUACGUUCACAAUUAAUACCAGAAAAUGGGAAUAAUAACAAUACAAAUACUUUAAUUAUUGAAGAGGAACCCCUAACACCUUUAGUUUUAAUAAGUGCUUUAACUUUUGGGGUCGGCAUAUUUCAGAUAUUAAUGGCUAUAUUUCGUUUAUCCUUCAUAACUAAUUACAUUUCUGAUUCUCUUAUUUCUGGUUUCACUACUGGCGCCGCUGUACAUGUAUUAACAUCACAAUUGGAUAAAUUAAUUGGUGUUAAAGUUAAAAGUUAUGGAGGCCCUGGAUUAGUUUUAUUUGUAAUUGCUGCAAUAAUUCUUUCAGCAACUGUUGGGUUGAAAAAGAAUUAUGGAGUUAGAAUUGUUGAGAAUGUACCCCAAGGGAUGCCAAAUUAUUCAAUUCCUCGUCUUACACUUUUACGGCAUAUUUGGCUAGAUUCUCUAAGUAUUUCAAUAAUUUGUUAUGCUUUCCUCUUCUCUCUCGGCAAAACUUUUUCCAAAAAACAUAAAUAUAAAUUAAAUGCUAAUCAAGAAUUAUAUGCUCUAAGUAUGUGUUCACUAAUUUCUUCUUUAUUUCCCGUAUUUCCCUUUGGUGCUUCACUCUCUAGAUCGGCCUUAUGUGAAAUUACAGGAGCUAAAACACAAUUUCAUGCACUUUUUUCUAGCGCUUUACUCCUUGUAGUUAUUCUUUGGAUUGGUCCUUUACUUGAACCUCUUCCAAUUGCUGUACUUGGGUGUAUUGUUGUAGUUAGUCUUAAACCUCUUUUUCUUCAAUUCAAAGAAUUACCAAAAUUAUGGAAAAUUAAUUUAUUUGAUUUUGUAAAUUUUUGGUUAAUUAACUGGAAUAUAUUAAUUUUUUUUCAGUUAAUUUGGAUAAUUGCAUUUACAACAACCGCAUUUCUUAAUAUUACUUUUGGACUUAUUAUUUCUUUGUUUUUCUCUAUUUUGUCUAUUAUACUUAAAGAACAAUGGCCAAAAUUUUCAAGAAUUGGUGGAGAUAACGAAGCUGAGGGAGUUUUUCGUCCAUUAAAUUUAUAUAAUGCUUUGAGUGAUCCAGGAAUUCAAAUUAAUGCUCAGAUUUGGAGAUUUGAGUCCCCUUUACAUUUUGGAAACGCUUCAAAAUUAGUAGAUUCCGUAGCUGAAAUUUGUCAAAAAAUUUUAAAAAAUUCCUCUUCAAUGGGAAAUUUUGAUAAUAUUAAAAUUUUGAAUAAAUUCUCUGAUACUGGAGAGGAAAAGGUGAAUUUUGGUAGGAUAAAUAUAAAGAAGAUGUAG